AUGGUCGUGUUAGGUGCCUACACUGGUAUGCGCACUGUAGGCCGCAAAUCAGUGGUAGAGCUAGGAUCGCAUAUGAAGCGCAUUGUUAACUCGCUUUCGCUCAUGCGUUUUGAGAAUAGCGACGGAGUGGAGCCCGAGACAGUGUCACAAAUGAUGAGCCCGUUUCGUAAUAUCACCAGUUUGGAACAUCGACUUGUGCCCUUGCUAAGGGCCGGUUUGGAAAAUUACUAUUCAAAUGUCGAUCCUACCACGGCCACCGAUCAUCCUUCAGAAACCAAAAUAUCGCUCAUGGUAACUUAUUGCUAUGAAUCACGUCGACCCCGUUUUGCUGCGCAUUUUGCGCCUCUUGUGACACCAAAGAAACAUCGAGUCAAGGUAGAAAUAGAAAACAAGGCAAGAAAGAUGCCCGAAGUAAAGGACUCGCAAUGGGUGAGAGAGCGAGCGGCAUUAGAACAACACAAGCUUCAUGAUAUCAAUGAAGUCGUAUUAACGGACGAUGAUGGCAACUUGUACGAGGGAAUGGCUUCCAACUUUUUUGCCGUACGUAAAAGAGAAACCGAUGGCAAGUCGGUGGUGAUGUGUGCUGCGCUAGAGAAUAUUUUACUGGGCACCGUCAUGAAGAUUGUCAUGGCCAUCUGUGAAGAGGACGGAAUAGAAUUUCAAUGGGGCUUUCCCAGGUUACAAGACGCCAGAGACAACAGAUGGGAAGGAUGUUUUCUGACAAGCACCUCUCGCUUAUUGUUGCCCAUCGAAGCACUCUAUGUGCCGGACGGCAGGUAG